AUGCUCGACUGGCACGACUUUGACGCAGUCUUUCAGCCAAAGACCGACUAUGCUUAUGACACCCGAACGGUUGAGAGUAUCCUCAAACACCGCAAGGAAUUCGGUGACCAGCUAUUCUUUGACCGCAUCUGGAAGACCAUUGGCCUUACAAGACCUGCAAGGAAUAACUAUCCACCUCGAUCCAACCAGGAUCUGCGCAAUUUGUGGUCCAAGAUUGUUCAGUCGACCGCUCCCGAUGAACAGAAACUCGCCCUUCUCUACUACCUGCUCCGAGACUGUCGCCAGCUGCCCAAUGCCGACUCGAACUUUGCCCGAAGAACAUAUCUCCCUCAAAGGUGGCAGCUUCUGGUGGCAGGGUUGUGGGAACUUGACCACGCUCAGUUCUCUCGUGCCCUCGAACACCUCACAGACCCCUCCCUGACCCCGACCUUCACUGACGAGAUCCUCCUUACCCUCCUGCGACAUCCAAAAUGCGAGCCGCCCUUAGCAAUGACCUAUUACAUUGCUAUAUCUCCACCACUGGAAGAUCCGGCAGUUCUCGAGGCAUAUUAUGAUUUGAUCAUAAGUAACAACCUGGUGGAAGCGUAUUAUUUCGCACAGAGACAAGACGAGACAAAACAUAAAAUACUGUUUGAGAAACUGGUGGUGGCCGUACUUCAGGACAGCCCUGGGCGUGCUCGGUCGGAGCGGGCAACGCUUCUGGUUGGGCUGCCAUUGACCGUGCAGGAGGAGGUCUGGUUCGAGCGUUGCAUACUGGACGGCGCAGCUUCCAAGCUGCCGGGUGCAAAGGACUCGCUCAUGGCCAGGAGAAUUGUUUUGGGCAGGUCAACUAGCGACCCAAAUGUUCUGGGCAGGCUGAAGGGUGAUGAAAUUGGGGGAAUCAACUGGGACGUCGUCAAAGCGGGAAUUGCCGACGCUGUGUCUUAUUGA